AUGGGAGUGACUUGUGUGUCCCAGAUGCCUGUGGCUGAGGGCAAGAGUGUCCAGCAGACAGUGGAGCUCCUCACCCGGAAGUUGGAGAUGCUUGGGGCAGAGAAGCAAGGAACAUUUUGCGUGGAUUGUGAGACCUACCACACAGCUGCCUCCGCUCUUGGCAGCCAAGGUCAGGCUGGGAAGCUGAUGUAUGUGAUGCACAACUCAGAGUACCCUCUGAGCUGCUUCGCCCUCUUUGAGAAUGGCCCUUGGCUUAUUGCCGACACCAACUUCGAUGUGCUCAUGGUGAAGCUGAAGGGCUUUUUCCAGAGUGCUAAGGCCAGCAAGAUUGAGAACCAGGGUAGCUGUUACCAGUACUGUGACUUCCUAGUGAAGGUGGGCACAGUCACCACGGGGCCCAGUGCCCGAGGCAUCUCCGUAGAGGUGGAGUAUGGCCCCUGCGUGGUAGCUAGCGACUGCUGGAGCCUGUUGCUCAAGUUCCUACAGAGUUUUCUAGGCAACCACACACCAGGGGCUCCUGCAGUGUUUGGGAACAGACACGAUGCUGUCUAUGGCCCAGCAGAUACCAUGGUCCAGUACAUGGAACUCUUUAGUAAGAUCCGCAAGCAGCAGCAGGUGCCAGUGGCUGGGAUUCGUUAG